CAGAUAUAUAUAGAUGGAACUAAAAACAGAUUUUGCAAUAUCCUAAUUUGCAUAUUGUGAUUAUGCAAACAAUACAUUUUCCAAUUUCACCAUCAGAUGGACAAUGAAGAGUCCCUACAUGUCUGAAAAUAAAAAUCUCCUUUAAAAACAAGUGUAUCUCAACCUUGCAACAAUGGCAAACCCAAACCAUGGGGGAAGAGCGGUCCAAUUGACCCCGAGUGGCUGCCUCCCCAAAACAGAACCACAUUCAAGGCCAAGGCCCAUAGUCGGUGUGAAGGAGGCUGACCUGCAGUCCUUUCUAAGUAACGGAGUAUUCUGUUACAAAUAAUAAAACCCCCCCCCACAAAGUAUACAGGAUGUGCAUGUCCCACAGUUGUACAUAAAUCAGAUCAGACUAAGGCAACAUGUUGUAUGCAGAGUGUUCUUUAUAGUGAAAUUACCCUCUUCCAUUUUCCCAGUGGCUGUGAUCAUUGUAACGAGUGGUUCCAUGGAGACUGCAUUAACAUCACAGAGAAGAUGGCCAAAGCCAUUCGGGAGUGGUACUGCAUGCAGUGUCGAGGUGAGCAGUGCUUCGGAGCUAGCCUGUUAGAAGAGCUUUGUGGGGCAUGAUUUACCUUGUACUGGAGGGGUAUGUCUGAGUUUUCUUUCUGUGUAUCACCUUUAGAGAAGCAUCCACACCUUGAAAUCAAAUACCGCCACAAAAAGUCCAAGGAAAGGGAGCGAGAACCUGAGAGAGAGGAGAGUGAGGAGAACCUUAAAAAUGAACGCAGGAAGAACAGCUCCAGCAGCAGCAGCAGAGUAAAUAUCCCUAAAACUUUAAUCCAUACGCAGUAACUAUAAUACACUGUGUUAUAAACUGUAUUAUAAAUCAUUCAUCCAUACGCAGUAACUAUAAUACACUGACUGCUAUAAACUGCAUUAUAAAUCAUUCAUCCAUACGCAGUAACUAUAAUACACUGACUGUGCUAUAAACUGUAUUAUAAAUCAUUCAUCCAUACGCAGUAUGUAAUACACUGACUGUGCUAUAAACUGUAUUAUAAAUCAUUCAUCCAUACGCAGUAACUAUAAUACACUGACUGCUAUAAACUGUAUUAUAAAUCAUUCAUCCAUACGCAGUAACUAUAAUACACUGACUGUGCUAUAAACUGUAUUAUAAAUCAUUCAUCCAUACGCAGUAACUAUAAUACACUGACUGCUAUAAACUGUAUCAUAAAUCAUUCAUCCAUACGCAGUAACUAUAAUACACUGACUGUGCUAUAAACUGUAUUAUAAAUCAUUCAUUCAUACGCAGUAACUAUAAUACACUGACUGUGCUAUAAACUGUAUUAUAAAUCAUUCAUCCAUACGCAGUAACUAUAAUACACUGACUGUGCUAUAAACUGCAUUAUAAAUCAUUCAUCCAUACGCAGUAACUAUAAUACACUGACUGCUAUAAACUGUAUUAUGAAUCAUUCAUCCAUACGCAGUAACUAUAAUACACUGACUGCUAUAAACUGUAUUAUAAAUCAUUCAUCCAUACGCAGUAACUAUAAUACACUGACUGCUAUAAACUGUAUUAUAAAUCAUUCAUCCAUACGCAGUAACUAUAAUACACUGACUGUGCUAUAAACUGCAUUAUAAAUCAUUCAUCCAUACGCAGUAACUAUAAUACACUGACUGUGCUAUAAACUGUAUUAUAAAUCAUUCAUCCAUACACAACUAUAAUACACUGACUAUAAACUGUAUUAGAAAUCAUUCAUCCAUCUAUAAUACACUGACUGCUAUAAACUGUAUUAUGAAUCAUCAUCCAGUAACUAUAAUACACUGACUGCUAUAAACUGUAUUAUGAAUCAUUCAUCCAUACGCAGUAACUAUAAUACACUGACUGUGCUAUAAACUGUAUUAUAAAUCAUUCAUCCAUACGCAGUAACUAUAAUACACUGACUGCUAUAAACUGUAUUAUAAAUCAUUCAUCCAUACGCAGUAACUAUAAUACACUGACUGUGCUAUAAACUGCACUAUAAAUCAUUCAUCCAUACGCAGUAACUAUAAUACACUGACUGUGCUAUAAACUGUAUUAUAAAUCAUUCAUCCAUACACAGUAACUAUAAUACACUGACUGCUAUAAACUGUAUUAGAAAUCAUUCAUCCAUACACAGUAACUAUAAUACACUGACUGCUAUAAACUGUAUUAGAAAUCAUUCAUCCAUACGCAGUAACUAUAAUACACUGACUGUGCUAUAAACUGUCUAAUAAAUCAUUCAUCCAUACGCAGUAACUAUAAUACACUGACUGUGCUAUAAACUGUAUUAUAAAUCAUUCAUCCAUACGCAGUAACUAUAAUACACUGACUGUGCUAUAAACUGUAUUAUAAAUCAUUCAUCCAUACGCAGUAACUAUAAUACACUGACUGUGCUAUAAACUGUAUUAUAAAUCAUUCAUCCAUACGCAGUAACUAUAAUACACUGACUGUGCUAUAAACUGUAUUAUAAAUCAUUCAUCCAUACGCAGUAACUAUAAUACACUGACUGUGCUAUAAACUGUAUUAUAAAUCAUUCAUCCAUACGCAGUAACUAUAAUACACUGACUGUGCUAUAAACUGCAUUAUAAAUCAUUCAUCCAUACGCAGUAACUAUAAUACACUGACUGCUAUAAACUGUAUUAUAAAUCAUUCAUCCAUACGCAGUAACUAUAAUACACUGACUGCUAUAAACUGCAUUAUAAAUCAUUCAUCCAUACGCAGUAACUAUAAUACACUGACUGUGCUAUAAACUGUCUAUAAAUCAUUCAUCCACACGCAGGCAACUAUAUACACUGACUGUGCUAUAAACUGUAUUAUAAAUCAUCAUCCAUACGCAGUAACUAUAAUACACUGACUGUGCUAUAAACUGUAUAAAUCAUUCAUCCAUAAUGAAAACUGUAAUACACUGACUGUGCUAAACUGUAUUAUAAAUCAUUCAUCCAUAACAGUAACUAUAAUACACUGACUGUAAAGUAUAAACUGUAUUAUAAAUCAUUCAUCCAUACGCAGUAACUAUAAUACACUGACUGUGCUAUAAACUGUAUUAUAAAUCAUUCAUCCAUACGCAGUAACUAUAAUACACUGACUGUGCUAUAAACUGCAUUAUAAAUCAUUCAUCCAUACGCAGUAACUAUAAUACACUGACUGUGCUAUAAACUGUAUUAUAAAUCAUUCAUCCAUACGCAGUAACUAUAAUACACUGACUGCUAUAAACUGUAUCAUAAAUCAUUCAUCCAUACGCAGUAACUAUAAUACACUGACUGUGCUAUAAACUGCACUAUAAAUCAUUCAUCCAUACGCAGUAACUAUAAUACACUGACUGUGCUAUAAACUGUAUUAUAAAUCAUUCAUCCAUACGCAGUAACUAUAAUACACUGACUGCUAUAAACUGUAUUAUAAAUCAUUCAUCCAUACGCAGUAACUAUAAUACACUGACUGCUAUAAACUGCAUUAUAAAUCAUUCAUCCAUACGCAGUAACUAUAAUACACUGACUGUGCUAUAAACUGUCUAAUAAAUCAUUCAUCCAUACGCAGUAACUAUAAUACACUGACUGUGCUAUAAACUGUCUAAUAAAUCAUUCAUCCAUACGCAGUAACUAUAAUACACUGACUGUGCUAUAAACUGCAUUAUGAAUCAUUCAUCCAUACGCAGUAACUAUAAUACACUGACUGUGCUAUAAACUGCAUUAUAAAUCAUUCAUCCAUACGCAGUAACUAUAAUACACUGACUGUGCUAUAAACUGUAUUAUAAAUCAUUCAUCCAUACGCAGUAACUAUAAUACACUGACUGUGCUAUAAACUGUAUUAUAAAUCAUUCAUCCAUACGCAGUAACUAUAAUACACUGACUGUGCUAUAAACUGCAUUAUAAAUCAUUCAUCCAUACGCAGUAACUAUAAUACACUGACUGUGCUAUAAACUGCAUUAUAAAUCAUUCAUCCAUACGCAGUAACUAUAAUACACUGACUGUGCUAUAAACUGUAUUAUAAAUCAUUCAUCCAUACGCAGUAACUAUAAUACACUGACUGUGCUAUAAACUGUAUUAUAAAUCAUUCAUCCAUACGCAGUAACUAUAAUACACUGACUGUGCUAUAAACUGUAUUAUAAAUCAUUCAUCCAUACGCGGUAACUAUAAUACACUGACUGUGCUAUAAACUGUAUUAUAAAUCAUUCAUCCAUACGCAGUAACUAUAAUACACUGACUGUGCUAUAAACUGUAUUAUAAAUCAUUCAUCCAUACGCAGUAACUAUAAUACACUGACUGUGCUAUAAACUGUAUUAUAAAUCAUUCAUCCAUACGCAGUAACUAUAAUACACUGACUGUGCUAUAAACUGUAUUAUAAAUCAUUCAUCCAUACGCAGUAUGUAAUACACUGACUGUGCUAUAAACUGUAUUAUAAAUCAUUCAUCCAUACGCAGUAACUAUAAUACACUGACUGUGCUAUAAACUGUAUUAUAAAUCAUUCAUCCAUACGCAGUAACUAUAAUACACUGACUGUGCUAUAAACUGCAUUAUAAAUCAUUCAUCCAUACGCAGUAACUAUAAUACACUGACUGUGCUAUAAACUGUAUUAUAAAUCAUUCAUCCAUACGCAGUAACUAUAAUACACUGACUGUGCUAUAAACUGUAUUAUAAAUCAUUCAUCCAUACGCAGUAACUAUAAUACACUGACUGUGCUAUAAACUGUAUUAUAAAUCAUUCAUCCAUACGCAGUAACUAUAAUACACUGACUGUGCUAUAAACUGUAUUAUAAAUCAUUCAUCCAUACACAGUAACUAUAAUACACUGACUGCUAUAAACUGUAUUAGAAAUCAUUCAUCCAUACACAGUAACUAUAAUACACUGACUGCUAUAAACUGUAUUAGAAAUCAUUCAUCCAUACGCAGUAACUAUAAUACACUGACUGUGCUAUAAACUGUCUAAUAAAUCAUUCAUCCAUACGCAGUAACUAUAAUACACUGACUGUGCUAUAAACUGUAUUAUAAAUCAUUCAUCCAUACGCAGUAACUAUAAUACACUGACUGUGCUAUAAACUGUAUUAUAAAUCAUUUAUCCAUACGCAGUAACUAUAAUACACUGACUGCUAUAAACUGUAUUAUAAAUCAUUCAUCCAUACGCAGUAACUAUAAUACACUGACUGUGCUAUAAACUGUAUUAUGAAUCAUUCAUCCAUACGCAGUAACUAUAAUACACUGACUGAAGUAUAUAAACUGUAUUAUAAAUCAUCUAAUCCAUAACAAGAAAACUAUAAUACACUGGACGCUAUAAACUGUAUUAUAAAUCAUUCAUCCAUACGCCGUAACUAUAAUACACCGACUGUGCUAUAAAACUGUAUUAUAAAUCAUUCUUUCAUCCAUACGCUAGUAACUAUGCAAUACACUGACUAAAGUUAUAAACCGUAUUAUAAAUCAUUCAUCCAUACGCAGUAUGUAAUACACUGACUGUGCUAUAAACUGUAUUAUAAAUCAUUCAUCCAUACGCAGUAACUAUAAUACACUGACUGCUAUAAACUGUAUUAUAAAUCAUUCAUCCAUACGCAGUAACUAUAAUAAUACACUGACUGUGCUAUAAACUGUAUUAUAAAUCAUUCCAUAUACGCAGUAACUAUAAUACACUGACUGUGCUAUAAACUGCAUAAAAUCAUUCCAUAUACGCAGUAAUAUAUACAACUGCUAUAAACUGUAUUAUGAAUCAUUCAUCCAUACGCAGUAACUAUAAUACACUGACUGCUAUAAACUGUAUUAUAAAUCAUUCAUCCAUACGCAGUAACUAUAAUACACUGACUGUGCUAUAAACUGUAUUAUAAAUCAUUCAUCCAUACGCAGUAACUAUAAUACACUGACUGCUAUAAACUGUAUUAUAAAUCAUUCAUCCAUACGCAGUAACUAUAAUACACUGACUGUGCUAUAAACUGCAUUAUAAAUCAUUCAUCCAUACGCAGUAACUAUAAUACACUGACUGUGCUAUAAACUGUAUUAUAAAUCAUUCAUCCAUACACAGUAACUAUAAUACACUGACUGCUAUAAACUGUAUUAGAAAUCAUUCAUCCAUACACAGUAACUAUAAUACACUGACUGCUAUAAACUGUAUUAGAAAUCAUUCAUCCAUACGCAGUAACUAUAAUACACUGACUGUGCUAUAAACUGUCUAAUAAAUCAUUCAUCCAUACGCAGUAACUAUAAUACACUGACUGUGCUAUAAACUGUAUUAUAAAUCAUUCAUCCAUACGCAGUAACUAUAAUACACUGACUGUGCUAUAAACUGUAUUAUAAAUCAUUCAUCCAUACGCAGUAACUAUAAUACACUGACUGUGCUAUAAACUGUAUUAUAAAUCAUUCAUCCAUACGCAGUAACUAUAAUACACUGACUGUGCUAUAAACUGUAUUAUAAAUCAUUCAUCCAUACGCAGUAACUAUAAUACACUGACUGUGCUAUAAACUGUAUUAUAAAUCAUUCAUCCAUACGCAGUAACUAUAAUACACUGACUGUGCUAUAAACUGCAUUAUAAAUCAUUCAUCCAUACGCAGUAACUAUAAUACACUGACUGUGCUAUAAACUGUAUUAUAAAUCAUUCAUCCAUACGCAGUAACUAUAAUACACUGACUGUGCUAUAAACUGUUACAAGCACAAGGCAUCUUUCAAUUUUUGUUUUUUGCGGUUUAGAUCAGCAUAUUAUAUUCAUAUAAUCACUUGACUGCCUUGUUCUUCUUGUGUCCCAUUAAAGGGAUCCAUCAGGCACAAUAACCAGUUCAUCCCAUUUAAGUGGUUAUAGUGCCUGAAGUCCCCCGGGCGCUGUCCAUCCUUUCAGUGUUAAUCCACUUCAGACAGUUAAAUACUGAAUGAAGCUCCCUGGCCACCCACCUGAAAGUGUGGUAAGGCAAUGAUUACACACUUCCUUGUUACAAUGCCUAAUUAUACCAGCAGUGGGCGCUGUGAUAGGCUCAAAACAGUCAGUUAACACUCAUAUCCAAUCACAUCUAUCCAUUGCUGUUCAGGCUAAUGUUUCCUCAUUAGUCCAAUUAGCACAGAGAGGCUGGGUGUGACGAGAGCAAUCUCGCCACAUUGCAUUGGAGGAACCUGGUUGCCCGCUUGCUCCCUUUAGACCAGUGGUAGUCAACCUUUUUCUACCUACCGCCCACUAAUGCAUCUUUUUGGUUGAAAAAAUUUCCUUACCGCCCACCAGUUUUCGCGCAAGUGCUGAAUAUUUUUUAGAAAGGAGGGUGUUUUAAAAAAAAUAAAUGUACGUACAUUUAUCUUUUUAUUUCUACUUAAUGCAUGCUUAUAAUGUUUUUAACUUUAUAAAGUUUAAUGAGAAAACAAUAAAGUAAAUUGAAAUUACCGUUACUAGUGAUUAAUGAGAUCCUUAAGGCUGAUGCUGCGAGACUAAAUAUUUGAUAUCUGGUUCGAUUUUCGUAAGGAACAAACGAAGGUCUCCUCUUUCGGUGAUAUUCAGACGACUUCUCUGUUUCCGCAUAAUAUGAUUUCUCAUCUGUGCGUCAGCUCCCCUCCUCUCCCUCCUCAAUUCCCCUCCCCACCUUUUUUUAAAAAAAUUUUUUUUUUUUAACCUUCCUUAUAGCAAUGCCCAGUAGGAAGGCUGUGCUAGCUAUCCCACUUACUAUUACUUACUAUAGCCCACUAUAACGGACAGGCACACAUACAUACAUACAUACAGACACACACAUACAUACAGACAUACACACACAAGACACAGACAUGCAUACAGACACACACAGACAUGCACACAGACAUGCAUACAGACACACUAAUCUUGAGAGACCGGGCGGGCGGAACCGCCGGUCCUGCAUAUGGAGGGUUCCAUCGGGUGGCCCGUGCUGUCAGGGCCACCCGAUGGAUGUGGAUUGUAAGGGGGCCCGGUCACAGCUGGGCGCUUUAACAGCGCGACCGGGCCCACUGUGAUUACAUCACCGAGCUGGGAGGAAGUGACUGCACGUCACUCCUCCUAGCUAACACUGAGAGCCGCGCGGGAGGAAGACCAGAGAGUGGGAACUCUGACUCCCAUCCACCUGAGCCACCACUGGACCCCAGGGAAAGUCACCCUCCUGCACCUUAAAGGUAGGAAACAGGAGGGUGAAUAAAAUAUUUUGUGUGUGUAUGCAUCUUUGUAUGUGUGUCUUAUGUAUGUGUCUUUGUAUGUAUGUGUGUGUCUUUGUGUGUAUGUCUGUGUGUGUAUGUGCCUUUGUAUGUAUGUCUUAUGUGUGUCUGUAUGCAUGUCUGUGUGUGUCUGUAUGCAUGUAUGUGUCUUGUGUGUGUAUAUCUGUAUGUGUGCCUGUCUGUGUGUCUGUAUGUAUGUAUGUGUGCCUGUCUGUUAUAGUGGGCUAUAGUAAGUAAUAGGACGUGGGAUACCUAGCACAGCCUUCCUACUGGGCAUUGCUAUAAGGAAGGUUAAAAAAAAAAAAAUUUAAAAAAGGGGGGGGAAAAGGUGGGGAGGGGAAUUGAGGAGGGAGAGGAGGGGAGCUGACGCACAGAUGAGAAAUAGUGAUGUCCCGAACGGUUGGCCGAACAGUUCGCCGCGGACGGCGAACAUAUGACCCUGUACCUCACAGUCAGCAGACACAUUCCAGCCAAUCAGCAGCAGACCCUCCCUCCCAAACCCUCCCACCCAAACCCUCCCACCUCCUGGACAGCUCACUAAGAAUGCAGCUCAAAAUGGAUGCUGUCCAGGUGGUGGGAGGGUCUGGGAGGGAGGGUCUGCUGCUGUUUGGCUGGAAUGUGUCUGCUGACUGUGAGGUACAGGGUCAUAUGUUAGCCGUCCGUGGCGAACCGUUCGGGACAUCACUAAUGAGAAAUCAUAUUAUGCGCAAACAGAGAAGUAGUCUGAAUAUCAAUUUACUCUAUAAAGUUUAAUGAGAAAACAAUAAAGUUAAAAACAUUAUAAACAUGCAUUAAGGAGAAAUAAAAAGAUAAAUGUACGUACAUUUAUUUUUUUUAAAACACUCUCCUUUCUAAAAAAUAUUCUGCAUUUGCGUGAAAACUGGUGGGCGGUAACAACAUUUUUUCAACCAAAAAGAUGCAUUAGUGGGCGGUAGGUAUAAAAAAGUUUGACUACCACUGCUUUAGACUAUGGACCAGACUUUUAAAACACUUUAUUUUCCGUGCAGAAAGGCUUAUUCAUGCCUUUCUGCCAGGGCGUUCGGUAGAUUUUAUCUACCGAACAAAAUACCGAAGUCGUGACCACCGGGAAGCUGGCGUGUGCCUUCAAUUCACCUCCCUUAAGCUAGCGUGUGCCGUCAAUUGACCACCCAAUAGCUGCUGUUAACCGCAGCUUAAUUGUCUGUUACUGGGUGACCGCGGGUUACACUUAGCGGCCGCUAGGUGGCGGUGUUAUGGAGCUCCCCGCACGGCCAGCGUUGCUCAGCCCGGAAAUCAGUGCACUAAAAGCGGACACUUUUACAUGCAGGCACCGCUGAGCCUCCAGCCUUCCCUGCUUCUAUUCGGCACUUUACUUCAGUGAAUGUUUUAACCCAGAUAGCUAUGCCAUGGAGCCUAUUCGUAUAAUUAAAGACUUUGGCUCCAUGGCAAUUGAACUGUGUGAAUAGGAUCUGAGCGCUAUUUGGUAGUUAUGUGCGCUCAGAUCCCAGCCAUCUGGGGAUAUGUGACAUGUAUGGAUUUUAUGUAUUAAAUGAAACUUUGUAUAUUUUAAAGUAUUUUUGUGUCCCCACAUGUAUAAUGGCGAUUUGCCUCUGUCCUGGGAGAUAAUUGGAUUACUUCCCAAUUAUCUCCAGGAUAGAGGGAGGGAAAUUAGGAUGCAUUGUGGGGAUGUUUUACUUCUGUGUGUCUGAAUGUGAUACAUGUCUGUCUGUGUUACAGUCUCCCAUUUGGUCCCCUAGCGGAGGGUCCACCAGGUGGGAGACCUGUAUAAAUAUUGGGCAGGUAGCCCUGAAUAAAUCAGACCACUGCUUAACCCUCAACACGAAGCCUUGUCUCGUUCUUGGGGGGAUUUACUGUAUGCUGUUAGAGACUGAUUGCUAGGAGUGUAAGCCGCUUGGGUGCUUUUCCUAUUCGUCUGCUAGCAGCUAUUCGUGAGGUUCCAGUUCGGGAGUUUGGAGUGCUAUUUUGUAUGCAGUUCGGGAGUUUGGUGUUCUGCAGUAGCUGUGCCUGUAUCUCUGGAAGGGGAAGAUCUUCUAAACGCCGGUUUAACCCUAUUAUGCCUGGGGGUGCCGUUACACUUGGCGUCUAGGGACUCUCGUUUAAAUUUGAAACAUUAAAAACGGUUUAGCACUGAGGACUCCAAACACUAUAACUACAUAAAUGAGUGGAAGCAGUGACCAUGCCUAAAGUAUCCUUUUAAUAUCACUGUAGGUGGUUUUGCUUUUUAUUUGUCGAUCACAUUGUCUGGCAUGCAGUGAGAAUGUGUUUUUUUUUGUUUUUUUUCUAAUUUAUGUGUCCAAUACUACAGAAUUGUGUUGUAAGUCACUGUCUGUGUUUGUCUCCCUUUUAGCAACAGAUCAAGCGAUCAGCACGCAUGUGUGGAGAAUGUGAGUCAUGUUGUCGAACUGAGGAUUGCGGUCAGUGUGACUUCUGCAGAGAUAUGAAGAAGUUUGGAGGCCCCAAUAAGAUUCGGCAAAAAUGCCGACUCCGCCAAUGCCAAGUGAGAGCAAGGGUAAGAGUGUCGCCUUCUGACGGCUAUUUUUAUUUUUUCUAAUCAGAGUUGCUCUGUCCCAGUUUUUCCUAUACUUUGCGAGCCUCUGAAUUAUCCCCUGCCGUCAGUGGUUUCCCUUAAAAGAUUGCUCCAAAAUUCUUUUCCCCCUGUUUACCACUUCAGUGGCUCUGCUCAAUCUAACACCCCCAUGCUUUGCCCUUUCUCCCUAGAAAAUGCUGCGUGUGAGAGAUGAUGAGGUUUCAACUUUUAGGGACACACCCGAGCCACCAAGUCUCGCUGAGUCUUUAUCAGAUGAUGAUCUACCGUUGGAUCCAGAGUUGUAUCAGGAACUUUGUGCUGGAGGAGCGUUUGAUGACCAGAAUCUGGUAGCUGGGAUUUUCAGUGGGUUGAUGGGAGGUUUAGAUAGGUGACACAUGUCUAUACCUAACUAUUUGGGUUUCUACAGCCAUGGCUCAGUGAUACAGAUGAUACUCCAUUCCUCGAUUCUGUUCUGAGAAAGAGAGCUGUGAAAGUCAAGCAUGUAAAAAGGCGCGAGAAGAAAUCUGAGAAAAAGGUAACUCGGAAAAUGCAAAUAAUUGCGUUUAUUGAAUUUGCAUUAAAUAAUUAAAAAGUCAAAGAAUAUUCUGGUAUUGGCUAGUUGGCAUCUACUGGGGAUCUGCUCUAUAGAACUGAACACAAUACUCUAGGUGAGAUCCUACCGGGGAUCUAUAAAGUACUACCACUAACUCUCUAUGUCCUCCUGGGAUCUGCUCUAUAGAACUGAACACAAUACUCUAGGUGAGAUCUUACCGGGGAUCUAUAAAGUACUAUCACUACCUCUCUAUAUCCUCCUGGAAUCUGCUCUAUAGAACUGAACACAAUACUCUAGGUGAGAUCUUACCAGGGAUCUAUAAAGUACUAUCACUACCUCUCUAUGUCCUCCUGGGAUCUGCUCUAUAGAACUGAACACAAUACUCUAGGUGAGAUCUUACCAGGGAUCUAUAAAGUACUAUCACUACCUCUCUAUGUCCUCCUGGGAUCUGCUCUAUAGAACUAAACACAGAAACAUAGAAUGUGACGGCAGAUAAGAACCAUUCGGCCCAUCUAGUCUGCCCAAUUUUCCAAAUACUUUCAUUAGUCCCUGGCCUUAUCUUAAGUCUAGGAUAGCCGCAUGCUUAAACUCCCUCACUGUGUUAACGUCUACCACUUCAGCUGGAAGGCUAUUCCAUGCGUCCACUACCCUCUCUUUAAAGUUAUACUUCCUGAAAUUAUUUUUAAACCCUUGCCUCUCUAAUUUAAGACUAUGUCCUCUUGUUGUGGUAGUUUUUCUUCUUUUAAAUAUAGUUUCCUCCUUUACGGUGAGGAAAGGAGAGUUCAUUUAAGGCAAAGAAAAGUUGUUGUUUUUUUACAGUAAGAGCAAUAAGGAUAUGGAAUUCUCUGCCUGAAGAGCUGGUUUUAUCAGAGUCUCUACAGAUGUUUAAACUGCAAUUGGAUAAAUACUUGCAAAAACAUACAGGGAUAUAAUUUCUAAUUAGUGGGGCAAUAGCUGCUUGAUCCAAAGAGACAUCUGACUGCUAUUUUGGGGUCUAGAAGGAAUUUUUUCCUAGUUUGUUGCAAAAUUGGAAGCAACAGCAAAAACAAAUGUGAGGAAGGCUGAACUUGAUGGAUGCACGUCUCUCUUUAGCUAUGUAACUAUGUAACCGAGUUGAUUCCCUUUAUGUAUGUAAAUGUUUCUAUCAUAUCCCCCCCGUCUCGUCUUUUCUCCGAGCUAUACAUGUUAAGAUCAUUUAACCUUUCCUUGUAAGUUUUAUCUUACAACCAAGCAUUCUGCCAGCAUGUCCUGCUGCUCUAUUACAUUGUCUGCCUACCUUUAAGCCAUCUGAAAUAAUUACUCCUAAAUCCCUUUCCUCAGAUGUUGAGGUUAGUAGGGUAUCACAUAGUCUGUACUCUGCCCUUGGGUUUUUACACCUAAGAGGCAUUAACUUGCACUUAUCCAUAUUAAAUGUUGGUUGCCACAGCUCUGACCAUUUUUCUAAUUUACCUAAAUCAUUUGCCAUUUGGCUUAUCCCUCCUGGAACAUCAACACUGUUGCACAUUUUAGUAUCAUCCGCAAAAAGACAUACAUUACCAUCAAGACCUUCUGCAAUAUCACUAAUAAAAAUAUUAAAGAAAAUGGGUCCAAGUACAGAUCCCUGAGGUACCCCACUGGUGACAAGUCCAAGCUCCGAAUAUAUUCCAUUAACUACAACCCUCUGUUGCCUGUCACUCAGCCACUGCCUAACCCAUUCAACAAUAUUGGAAUCCAAACUUAAAGAUUGCAGUUUAUUGAUAAGCCUUCUAUGUGCAACAGUGUCAAAAGCCUUACUGAAAUCUAGGUAAGUAAUGUCUACUGCACCACCCUGAUCUACAAUUUUAGUUACCCAAUCAAAAUAAUCAAUAAGAUUAGUUUGGCAUGAUCUCCCUGAAGUAAACCCAUGUUGUCUCUGAUCUUAAAAUCCAUGUGAUUUUAGAUGUUCAUCAAUCCUAUCCUUUAACAUGGUUUCCAUUACUUUCCCCACUACUGGAGUAAGGCUUACUGGCCUAUAGUUGCCCGACUCCUCCCUACUACCAUCCUUGUGAAUGGGCACAACAUUCGCUAACUUCCAAUCUUCUGGAACUACUCCUGUUAACAAUGAUUGGUUAAAUAAAUCUGUUAAAGGGACACUCCAGGCACCCAGACCACUUCUGCCCAUUGGAGUGGUCUGGGUGCCAAUUCCCACUACUCUUAAGCCUGCAAGUGUAAUUAUUUAUUUUUUAUAAACUGCAAUAAUUACCUUGCAGGGUUAACUCCACCUCUAGUGGAGCCACUAGAGGGCACUUCCUGGUUUCUAGCACAGGAUUUUCAAUGCUUUCCUAUGGGGAGCGCUAAUGCGCAUGCGCUGCAUUGCCGCCCGUGCGCAUUAGGUCUCCCCGGCCGGUGGGCGGAAUCAGUCUUGCCUACCGGCUGACUCAUUCAGAGGGAGGAGCGGCGCGAAGGAAGAAGCAGUGACGUGGGACAUCGUCGCUGCCGCCGGUAAGUUACUGAAGGGGUUUUUACCCCUUCAGCAACCGGGGAUUAGGGGGUGGCACUGGAGUUUCCCUUUAAUGGUUUUGCUAGUACAUCACGAAGUGAGAUCUUAUCGGGGAUCUAUAAAGUACUUUCACUAUUACUCCAUGUCUUGGGAUCUGCUCUAUAGAACUGAAAACAAUACUCUUGGCUUGUUUUACCAAUUAUUAAGCAAUAUAUUUGCCUUACAGUCUUAUUUGAAAUGUUUUAAGUGUGUUUUGUUUUGUUUAGUGCUAAUGUUGUCAACCUAAAUCUACGUUUCCCAAGUGGUCCUGUCUUCUCUCGUACUUUUAUGGUAAAUUUGUUUUGAUGUAUAGUGUGUAAAAUAAGAUGACAUUCUCCCUUCUCCCACAGAUAGUACUCUGACAGGUGAACAUUCUCACAGAGGUUAUUGGGAAAAUACUGAUCCAGCAAGUCUGAUGUGAAAGGGGUUCAAUAAGGAGGAAAUGGUUCCUUCUCAGUUUUCUUAUGCAUCAGUGGUCUAAGCACACAUUUAGAUCAUUGUAGGCAAACACUGCGAUUUUCUGCAAACUGUGUGUUGGACUUAUACAUUUUAAGUGCAAUUAAAUGUACAAUUUGCAGAGAAUCUGCAUGCAUUUUACCUACACCUUGCAGAUUCUGUUGUUUUUGUUUUUUCUUCUUUUAGUCACAAAGGUUAGUGAAUAGACCCUUGAAAGUUUCCUUUGUUCAUGCAGAAGGACGAUAAAUAUAAGCGGCACAAACAAAAACAAAGGCACAAGGACAAAGCUAAGCACUCAGAGCGCCUGGAGAACAGGGACUUCUCGUCUCUACGACAGUGUCUCGGACCUAGCUGUGUGCAGCCAGCCCGAGCCACCUCCAAGUACUGCUCUGACGACUGUGGCAUGAAACUGGCAGCCAAGUGAGUCUUGCUCUACGCCAGCUUCCACCUUACCAUCUUCUAAUAUUUAGCUGUAUAACGCCAACUUAUUCCGCUGCUUUUUACAAUUUUACAUUUGCGUUGCAUGAUCACAAGCAAUAUAUGAAUAACAUGCUGUCGGUGCCACAUUAUGUCUCACUGGAUAUCGCUUGUUUUUAGUCGCAUAUAUGAGAUCCUUCCUCAGCGCAUCCAGCAGUGGCAGCAGAGCCCGUGCAUUGCUGAGGAGCAAGGAAAGAAGCUUUUGGAAAGGAUCCGGCGAGAGCAGCAACAGGCGCGCACCAAACUUCAAGAGAUGGAGCGGAAAUUUCACGAGUUAGAGGCCCUUAUCAGUAAGGCAAAACAACAGCAUGUUCGUGAAGAUGAAGAGGUGAGCUUUGGUGUUAUGUCUGCCAUGGGAGGCCUAAGCAAUGUGAGGGAGUGUCUGCCAUGAAAGGCUUAAGGAGCUGUGAUGGUAUGUGAUCUCUGAGGGUAACUUUCAGGAUCCUCUUCAGAUAUUACUUUCCGUUAGGUUAAGAUCUGUAUCUCAGGGGGAAUCGGCUGCAUAGUGGAGAUGAAAGAGUGUCUCACAUUAACUUGUCUUUUCUCCACAGACCAAUGAUGGCGACAGUGAUGACAACGACUUGCAGAUCUUUUGUGUGUCCUGUGGGCACCCUGUGAACCCUAAAGUUGCUUUAAGACACAUGGAGCGCUGCUAUGCCAAGGUCAGCUUUUAUUCCCUUCCUGCUGCUAUUGGGAGUCUUAUUUUGGACCGGGUUUAUAGAGGUGCGGUUUCUUUGACCCAUUAGCGAGUUUCAUUGUGUGUAAUAGUUAACAAAAAGUUUUAUGGAUAACAUGCUUCCUUUCAUAUGACUUGUUUGGGGGCAGGGAAACCUCCGAAACAUGUCUGUUUAUUGCAUAUUUUCUCUUAUUUUCCAUAGUAUGAGAGCCAGACAUCCUUUGGUUCCAUGUACCCUACACGAAUCGAAGGGUAAGGAUUGCUAAGACAACAACUCAUCACCUACAAACUGUCCUUUCUUGCCCCCGUCACAUCACUGUCCUUUCUUGCCCCGUCACAUCGCUGUCCUUUCUUGCCCCCGUCACAUCGCUGUCCUUUCUUGCCCCCGUCACAUCGCUGUCCUUUCUUGCCCCCGUCACAUCGCUGUCCUUUUCUUGCCCCCCUGCCACAUCGCUGUCCUUUCUUGCCCCGCCACAUCGCUGUUCUUUUGCCCCGUCAUCAGCUGUCCUUUCUUGCCCCGCCACAUCGCUGUCCUUUCUUGCCCCGUCACAUUGCUGUCCUUUCUGCCCCGGCCCCAUCGCUGUCCUUUCUGCCCCUCACACAUCGCUGUCCUUUCUUUACAUCGCUGUCCUUUCUUGCCCCGUCACAUCGCUGUCCUUUCUUGCCCCGUCACAUCGCUGUCCUUUCUUGCCCCGUCACAUCGCUGUCCUUUCUUGCCCCCGUCACAUCGCUGUCCUUUCUUGCCCCGUCACAUCUCUGUCCUUUCUUGCCCCGUCACAUCUCUGUCCUUUCUUGCCCCGUCACAUCUCUGUCCUUUCUUGCCCCCGCCGCAUCUCUGUCCUUUCGUGCCCUGUUGCAUAGCUGUCCUUUCAUCCCCCGUCGUAUUGUUGUCCUUUCUUGCCACGUCUCAUCGCUGUCCUUUAUUUCCCGUCACAUCGCUGUACUUCCUUGCCCUGUGACAUCGUUGUCCUUUCAUGCCCUGCCGCAUAGCUGUCAUUUCGUGCCCUGUUGCAUAGAUGUCCUUUCUUGCCACGUCUCAUCGCUGUCCUUUCUUGCCCCGUCACAUCGCUGUCCUUUCUUGCCCUGUGACAUCGUUGUCCUUUCAUGCCCUGUCGCAUAGCUGUCAUUUCGUGCCCUGUUGCAUAGAUGUCCUUUCUUGCCACGUCUCAUCGCUGUCCUUUCUUGCCACGUCUCAUCGCUGUCCUUUCUUGCCACGUCACAUCGCUGUUCUUCCUUGCCAUGUCACAUCCUUGUCCUUUCUUGCCUCUAUUGCUUCUAUCCAAUUCUGCUGCCUGUGUUUAGUAACCUGCUGUAAUGUGUGGAGCACAAACAUUUAUUUUUGUUCCUUUCAGGGCCACACGGCUUUUUUGUGAUGUUUACAAUCCGCACAGUAAGACUUACUGUAAACGGCUUCAGGUUCUUUGUCCAGAGCACUCCCGGGACCCAAAGGUAAGCACAGGAGUUUAAUCUAUGGCAUGACCACUCACCACCUGACCUUGUAUAAUUGCUGACCUCUUUUUGUAUCUUGUGAUAUUAGGUGCCUGCCGAUGAGGUUUGUGGGUGCCCUAUGGUAAAGGAUGUCUUUGAUUUGACCGGUGACUUUUGCCGAGUCCCGAAGAGGAAAUGUAACAGACAUUAUUGCUGGGAAAAGCUGCGGAGAGCUGAGGUGGACCUUGAGCGUGUCCGUGUGGUAGGUUUGCACCUAAUUAAUGUCGAGUCUGGUGCUUUAUUGCUAUCUUAUAGUACUAUAAAGGUUUGAUCUGUUUAUGUGAAAUUUUGAUCAUGAUGCUUUUGUUGCUCUCUGCGAUCCUGCCAGCUCUGUUUUCUGUUAUUGUUUUUUUCUGUCUCCCUGUUCAUCUAGAUCAGCUAAUUGUCCAUCUAGAUCAGCUAAUUGUCCAUCUAGAUCAGCUAAUUGUCCAUCUAGAUCAGUUAAAGGGACACUCCAGUGCCAGGAAAACAAUCCGUUUUCCUGGCACUGCAGGCCCCCUCUCCCUCCCAUCCCCGGUUGCUGAAGGGGUGAAAACCCCUUCAGUCACUUACCUGAGACCCCCGCUGAUGUGCCUCGGCGGUGGUUUCUGCUCGCCGCCGCUCCUCCUCUUCCUUACGUCAGCCGGUGGGCGAGACUGAUUCCGCCCGCGCAUUAGAGCUCUCUAUAGGAAAGUAUUGAAAAUGCUUUCAAUGCUUUCCCAUGGGGAAUUGAGCGACGCUGGAGGUCCUCACAUAGCGUAAGGACGUCCAGCGACGCUAUAGCACAAAACCUGUGCUAUGGACCAGCAAGUGCCCUCUAGUGGCUGUCUAGAGACAGCCCCUAGAGGAGGAGUUAACCCUGCAAGAUAAUUAUUGCACUUUAUAAAAAAACUGCAAUAAUUACACUUGCAGGGUUAAGGGUAGUGGCAGUUGGCACCGAGACCACUCCAAUGGGCAGAAGUGGUCAUUUUAAUUGUCUAUCUAGAUCAGCUAAUUGUCCAUCUAGGCUGUUUUGACAUAAACAGGGUUAUUUACUAAAGUGAGAAUGUAAAGUGCAUUCUAAGUGAAUUUCAAAUGUAAGGCCAUGGUAGCCAAACUGAAAGCAGAGCCGACUUAAAGAGAUUUUCCAGUUUGGAUAUUUUGAGUAAUGCUGAAGAUGUGCAAUUCUCAUAACAAUUGUCCAAAACUCACAGUUUAGUGAAAACACAUUGGGCUUUGAAUAUCCCCAGACCAGAUAUCUGAAUAGUGCAAGCUGUGUUCCAGUGCUGGAUUUGCUGAACCCUUCUUUGAUUGUCUUGCAGUGGUACAAGUUGGACGAGCUGUUUGAGCAAGAACGCAAUGUCCGUAUGGCGAUGACAAACAGAGCUGGGCUCCUGGCUUUAAUGCUUCACCAGACGAUUCAGCAUGACCCGGUUACCACAGACCUGCGCACACACACAGAACGCUAACAUGGUGCCCGGCAGUGACGGCAUUUUAUAUCACUCUUCAAAAAACACCUUUUUUUUUUCUUUUUUUUAUUGAUAUUAUUAAACAAUGUUUUUGGAUUCUUUAACAUAGUUUGAUGAGCAGAUUGUAUUGAUCCCGUUAGGUUUGGUGUUUUCUUGUUCAGAAUAUGUUGUUUGUAUAUACGUGCUCCCAGACUCUUUACCUGGUUCCUCUGUCAUUAAAUGAUGCAGUCUCAGCUCGUUACCAGCCUUUUUAAUGAUUUGAAGGAUCCUUAAGCAUAAUUAACCUGCACGUUACCGCUUGUUAGCCCAUUCAGACAUCACAAAUGAAGUGUUUGAGCAAGGUGCAAGGUGUGGGGGAGGGGGUUGAUCUGUUUAGGGGACUUGUGGGAGCCUGGAGUGCUGCGUGAAUCACCCAUUGGAAUAUUCGUCUCAGUUUCUGCUCUAUGUAGCCCUGUGUUGAUUUCCCCCCUCAGCCCAGCUUGUCCACCUUUUGGUAAGUCUAUGCGUGCAUAUUCUGCAUUGUAGCUGUUAGGAGCAAUACGAGGCCUGCUUAGCAGUCCUGUGUGGAGGUGCCUUAAAGGACCACUCCACAAGAAUGUGGAGAAUCCCAUGAUUUCUAUGAAAAAUGUUCAAUUUUACAAAUAUUGUCAAUCAUACAGCCAGGGAGGUUUGCGUUUUACUUCCAUUAGGUCAUCUGGGUGUGCCUGCCUUCCCCUUUGCAUACCUGGUUUUCAGAGCUCUGAUUAGAACGCCGUGAAGGGCGAGCAGGCGCAUGCACAGUAGGAGAGCUUUAGAGGUUUCUCCAUAGUCUCUUCCAUGAAAAAGGGGGAGCGCUUGCAAACUCUGCAAUGAAUUCAAGCAAGUUGUUUUACGGUAUAUGCAUGCAUUCAUUGCAGGGAUAUCUAUUAAACAGUGAAUUAUACUUGUUCACCCAUUUGGACAGUGGAGUGUUUCUUUUAGAUCAGAGAAGGAGACAUUUCAGUUUUGCUUUACUCCACCUUUUUGUAAAUGACUGCUUUUCCUAAAGCACACAGUUUGUUUUCCAGUACGAGCAGUUGCAGGGUUGACAGUAAAUUCAGGUUUUUCGAUACAGAAGUGAUAGGGCAGCCAUGGAUUGGUGCAGGAGACAGGGGCCACCGUGCUCUCAUGUGUCAUACUUAGUAGAAAUCCUGUCUGAAUUCUUCAUGAGCACACUGUCCAGUUUAUUUACUAAAGGGUGAAUAUCAGGAAUUCUAGGCCAUUUGUUUUUGCCUAAUCUUUGAAACCCUUUGUUAGCUGUAAAGGUAUUCUAGAAUCAUUCCAAUAAAUACACCUUCUUCAUGCUACGCGGCCAGUAACCUCUUCAACUUUCCAUUUACUGUACACUUGGCUCAAAACACAGUUCAUGUCCAUUUAUGUUUGUGUAUUGAUUUUAUUUUUUUACAUUUUUUUUUUUAAAGCAUAAUAAAUAAAAAAUUAAAUAUUACGUGUUAUCUAGUAAACGCUGUAUUUUAGCAAACUAAGG